UAUGUCAUAUGAUGAACCAGGAAAUACGUAGUUGUUUUUCGGAUUUUAUGACCGCGCUAUGAUUAGUUGAAAGGGAUCUAGGAAGAAAUAUACUUUUUUUUUUUUGUGCAGACGUCAGUGUGCGUUAACUACUAUGCACUGAUAUUGGAGGUUUAGGCUCACUUUUGCUCAUUAAUGCUCGCGCUCACAUGUGCAAAUUGAACUGGAGUUUAGUUCUGUUAAAUAAUGGAAGUGACUCGGAUAUCACUGUUUCUUUGUCUGUUAUCAUGUGUGUCGUUAAUCGGAGCUCGAUACACUCCCGAUUGGGCUAGUUUGGACUCCAGACCUCUGCCUGAAUGGUACGACGAUGCGAAGUUCGGGAUCUUCGUUCACUGGGGAGUGUUUUCUGUGCCCGCGUUCGGCAGCGAGUGGUUCUGGUGGAACUGGCAGGGCGCGCACAAACCUGAUUAUAUUCUGUACAUGGCCAAGAACUAUCCACCUGGAUUUACAUAUGCGGAUUUCGCACCUGGUUUUCGCGCACAGUUUUUUGAUCCUUCUGAGUGGGCAGAAAUCUUCGAAGCUUCAGGAGCAAAAUAUGUGGUUUUCACGUCCAAACAUCAUGAAGGCUUCACCAACUGGGGCUCCCCAAACUCCUGGAACUGGAAUUCAGUGGAUAAUGGACCGCGCAGGGAUCUUGUUGCAGAUUUGGGCGUUGAAAUAAGGAAAAGAUCUCUGCAUUAUGGACUCUACAACUCUCUGUUUGAAUGGUUCAACCCCCUCUACCUGAGUGACAAGCAGGCUGGUUUCAAGACCCAGGAGUUUGUUGACAACAAACUUAUGCCAGAGCUCUACAAUUUGGUCAAGAGGUACAAGCCAGAGUUGAUCUGGUCAGAUGGGGACUGGGAAGCACCUGACACCUAUUGGAACUCUACAGAAUUUCUAGCCUGGCUCUACAAUGAUAGUCCGGUCAAAGAUGUAGUUGUGGUUAAUGACAGAUGGGGGGCGGGCUGUUCCUGUAAACAUGGAGGUUAUUACAACUGUGCUGACAAAUUCACCCCAGGGACGUUACCUAGUCACAAGUGGGAGAAAUGCACAUCAGUGGACACAUACUCUUGGGGUUAUCGUCGUAAUAUGGAGCUAAAUCAACUAAUGGAUCUACCGUCCAUAAUAAAGGACCUGGUCUACACAGUGGCCUUCGGGGGCAAUUACCUUCUGAAUGUGGGGCCCCAGCCAGAUGGCAUGAUUCCACCUGUUUUUGAGGAACGUCUCAGAGACGUUGGAGCCUGGAUGAAGAUCAGUGGGGAAGCCAUUUAUGCAACAAAGCCUUGGAGAGUACAGACUGAGAAUGCAACUGUCCCUGUCUGGUACACCUCAAAAGGCACCACUGUAUAUGCUAUCUUUACCUCAAGACCCAUGCAGAACACCUUUCAGCUCUCUGAACCUAAAACGUCAGACAAAACUGUGGUGACUUUGUUGGGUAUAUCUGAGCCUUUGAAAUGGGCUCCUCUACACUCAACGGGACUGAUUGUGCUGAUAACGGAUCUACCCUAUUCACCUGCUCAAGCCUGGACACUUAAGCUGGAUGGAGUGUCUUAAACCACUCAUUUCUACUGAGGAUUAUAAUGGGAUUUUUAGACUUUUGUUUUAAGUUUUGUAUGAAUCUAUUUUUUAAUGGCAGAGAAUUGACUAGAUUGCUUAUUAAAUGAACAACAACACAUACAUAAUAUUAAAAAUAAUUUUAAAUA